AUGUCUUCCACAGACCUGCUUUCUGUAGACGUGUCGAAAGGGCAAUAUCUGGAUAAAGGUGAUGCAAACGUCGGACGGAAGGGCGCGGCCCGAGGCGAUGGAGCAGCGCAACAGCGAGACAUGAGGCGCACAACAAACCAUCGGGUCCGUCGCUCGGUGCGUUUCCCCUCAACCCUCGACCCUGGUGCGCGCGCAUCCACAUGUGCGCUGCAUUUGAUCAACCUGCAUGCCUCUGGCAAAAGUGCCGGCCCGGUCUCCCUCUGCAGGUGGGAUCUCGGCUCCGAGUUCCGCUCAGGCGACUUCAGCCCUCCCGGCGCAUCAUGGCCAUGA